UGUUUAAAGUCAAAGGCUCAGCGUGUAAUAUCAUUUAUGAGCGAAAAAAAAUGCAAGGCUACAAUGCAGCCUAUCAGUCAGUCUGUCCCCGUGACCAACAUUUUUCUCCGCCCACUGAAGAUUGGCAGCCAGGCAAUGUAAUCCUCACCAAAACUAACGGAAUAGACAAGCGGAUUGUGGCCCAGAUUAGUCGUAUCCUGUGUCUUAAUAAAAAUAGAUUGAGGAAAAACAGCUUUGCUCUAUUCUAACCAUAUAGCAAAGCUAUUAAAUAGCAGACGUGCGAUUGCGAAUGUCCGCGCUUUGUUUGGCUUCUUUUCCUUUUGCGUGUCAUUGCUGAGACAAUGGAAUCUCUUCGGUCUCAGCGUCUACAGCCUGGGAUAGGAAUUGGACAUGGAUCCGGAUUUGGACCUGGGAUGGGAUAUGGAGCGGGGUCUACUGGUACGCUACGAUCUUUGCGGCCCGGUGUAACUGUACCAACCACCUCUUCACAAUCAGCCUCGGCUCCCCUAUCUGUGUCCCCGGGACCGCCGCCACCUCCGCCGCCUCUACAGUUCCACAGCCUCGGGAUGGGCGUCAUGGGCUCUGCUACUCUGGGGGCUGCAGGAAUGGCGAGUGCGGGGCUAUGCAAUCCAGCCAACCCGGCUGUGUUGCGGGAGGCUGUCGAUGCCGUUGUCAGAAGUUUUGCAAAACACACGCAAGGAUAUGGGAGAGUGAACGUGGUGGAAGCUCUGCAGGAGUUUUGGCAGAUGAAGCAGUCCCGGGGGGCGGACCUCAGAAACGGGGCGCUGGUGGUCUACGAAAUGGUCCCCUCCAACAACCCCCCCUAUGUGUGCUACGUCAGCUUACCCGGGGGGAGCUGUUUUGGGAGUUUCCAGUUUUGCCCGACAAAGGCUGAAGCCAGGCGCAGCGCAGCCAAGAUUGCCCUGAUGAACUCAGUCUUUAAUGAGCACCCCUCCCGCCGCAUCACAGACGAGUUCAUUGAGAAGAGCGUGUGUGAAGCCCUCGCCUCCUUCAAUGGGAACAGAGAAGAGGCAGACAACCCCAACACAGGCAUCGGAGCAUUCCGCUUCAUGCUGGAGUCCAACAAAGGAAAGUCCAUGCUGGAGUUUCAGGAAUUAAUGACAGUUUUCCAGCUGCUCCACUGGAAUGGAAGUUUGAAGGCCAUGAGGGAGAGGCAGUGUUCCCGUCAGGAGGUCCUGGCUCAUUACUCCCACCGGGCACUGGACGACGACAUGCGCACUCAGAUGGCGGCCGACUGGGUGAACCGGGAGCAGGUGGUGGCGAGCACCAUCAACCGGGAGCUGGCGGCGACCGAGCGCGAGCUGGAGGACGCACGGCUGGCAGGACGUGAGCUGCGCUUCUACAAGGAAAAGAAGGACAUCCUCAUGCUGGCCGUGGGGCAGCUGGGAGCAGCCAACAACACCGCAACACUGCCUUGCGCUUGCUAGGGAUUGGCUGGAGAGAUGUGUGUGUCUGUGGGGGUGAUCGACGUGGCGCUUUGGAAACCUGGAGCCACUCUGAUUGUAAGAGACAGUUUCUUGCGUUCUUUUUUUAUUUUUUUCUCACAAAAACAGAUGCAAGCCAAAAUAUAGACCAAUGUCUGUCAGUGUAACCAUCAAAAUGCCUAUAUCCAUUUGCUGGUGUUUUAAGCAAAACAAUGUUACUUGGAAGAUGCCACAGUUGAAGUAUAUGUUAUAUUCCUUCGGUGACACCCCAGAUGCAGUGCUUAGAGGUUAAAAUAUGAAUUUGUUUAUUUGGAUGUUGACACUGAUUGGGAAAUCUGUGGAUUGAUCAAAUGGUCAAACGAUACAUUCUGCCACAAUUAUGCAUAUCAUUGAUCAUGUCUGAAAUUCAAAUGUUACUAAGAAUAAUUGCUAAUUACACUUUGUAUUGUGCGUUAUUGUAAGUUGCCGUAAUCAGUCUAUAAUUGACAACAUACUAUGAGCACAUACUAUGUGAACAAUAUUAUUAAAUCUAACCAAAAUUAUAGUGCAUGCCAAAACAGGUCAAUCAUUAGCACUACUUCUGUGGAAAAUUCUACAGUUACUACAACCCAUAGCACUAUUUCAGACUGCCAAACAACAAUUUCUCUUAUACCGUAAUUUCCCCACUAUUAACCACACCGUAUAUUGUAUUGCCAGUAUUUUAUGUAAUUUUAUAAAACAAACAAAUGUAUUUUUUAACGGUACGUCAUCCUGUGGCUGACCAUUUGGAUAAGAGCAAGGUAAAAGGGAUUUAAAUGAUGAGAACCAUUUGGACUGAACUUUAAUAUCUCCCAGUUAAAAUCAAUCAUCUUCAGACAGCAUUCUUUAUAGCCCUAUCUAAACCUUAGUUUACCAAACAAAGGCUGAUGUGUUUUCUGAUAUGAAAUUUCUGUCUAUAAAAGCCUUGUAAAUGAUUUCUCCAUUAUCAACGAGAGUUUAAGGGUAACCAUGGCGAUAUCCACAUGCCGUGUCCUAGCAUAAAAUUAGUGUUUUCAUGUGGACAAGCAUUGUGGUUUAAUCGAUGUGUAUUCCUUCAAAGAGUUUACAAAAUCAAUGUAUAAACCACGUUUAAUAGUUGGGAAAUUACGGUAUAUGUCUGAAAGCCUCUUUAUCUAAACUGUCUUUGAUAUUGAAAAGUGCAAUCACAAUUUAACCCAAUUUUAUUGAACAGCAUACCAUCGUGCAUCAUAAUCAUGACCAACUUAAAAACGAUUGAUCUGUUGAAAACAAUUGUUCCAUUCCCCCUCAGGCCAUUUUGAGCUCUGGCUUUGGUGUGUGAUCCUCAAGGGGGGCCAUUCAAAAAAUUAUCAACAUUUUUUAUGAGGGUAGGGAUGUAGCCAUUUUCCUCAGGGGGUUGGGUAGUCUUGAGUGGCUCUUUUGGACUUUCACUCAUAUUGGGUCAAACAACCCCAACAACCCCCUCCCAGCCUGGGCUUACAUUAGUGAUGUACACUUGGAGGUGGAGAAGCCAUUACGAGAGCCAGUAACAAUGUUUUCAUCUGAGCAGUUCAAGGAAGAAGGUGUUUCUCCAGUGUCUGGAGAAACAAUGUGAUAUUAUUUCUCACGCCAUGGUUGAAGGAGCAGAACUCAAAGCACAACUCCGGUGUUCUACUUCUAUCUCUCAUGUUAUUUGGUCCAUGUGCUUAUUCUUAUACAUGGUUAAUAGUGUUGGUGUUAGGGGCCAUUCUGCCUGGCUGGGAGUGUUCAACAACAGCCUGGCAGGUAGAGGAAGACAAGAAAGCCAUAUUAACACAAGUGCAAUCGAUUUUCCUUAGCUUGCUUUUCUCAUGUCUUUAAUGUUAUAUUGCCUCGUGUAUUGUAGUGACUGCAACUACAGUCCCCAAGCAUAAAAACCCAAACACGCACACACAUACGCCUGUGGAGAGUGUUCAAAUGGGAACAUACAGUGAACCACAACAACCACACCAUGGCCUUGAUAUACAGCUCAAAUAGUCAUCAGCUGUAACAUGAGCACCCAUGUUGUUACCAUUACAUGUCAUAUAUUGCAAGGGGAAUGUAUCAGAUACAUUCUCCAGUAAUUGUCUGAGUCGUUUCUGUUUUGUCUUAUUAUCACCCCUCCCCCCUUAUUUAAUAUUUACCACAGAAAAUUUGUACAUGUGGGGACAUCUCACAUGAAUAAUUAAGAUUUUUAAAAGAGGAGAAAGAUUCAUGACACACCGACUGUUAUGUAUUAAUGACACAACCCAUGCCCCUGGUUUUUGUAACACCAUUUUUAGACAUGUUUGUUACUGUUUCUUUCAAUCAUACUUCCUCUGUCAAAUGCCUAUUAUUUUAGAAAUGCAUGUUGAAAUAUCGUUUUGAAGCAGAAACAAUGUAUUCGAAUUUUAUACAGCCAUUUUUUUAUAUUUUAUAUCACAAAUUGUAAAGCAUUUUAAAUCAAUGUAGGUUUUUAUACAUAAAAGGCAACGAAUAAAGUAGCCCAAAUAAGUCA